GUAAAAGUCCAAAAAGCCCACCUUCACUACCAAUUCUACCCCUCUUUCGCUGUCCCUGUGGGGCUUAAAUUGAUCACUUGCUCUCAACUUUCGACUUUCCCUCUCCCAUCACCUCUCCGCUCUCCAUUCCCACAGCAACGAUCCAACGAUCCUCUUUCCACAACAGCCACACGCGCUCUCACACCCCACCAAUUACAACAACACCUACAAAAUCAGCAACAAAAAUGGCAACCAACAAAGACAUCACCCUCUCCCCACGCGAAAUGGAAGUCCUCGCCCUGGCAUGGCAGUGCAUGGAGUCCCAGCCCAAGAUCGACAUGACCAAGCUCGCCAGCCUAACCGGCUACACCACUGGUUCCGCCAGCGUGACCUUCGGCAACAUCAAGCGCAAGAUCAAGCUGCUCGGCGAGUCGCUGUCCAGCAACGGUCCCGCGACGCCCAAGAAGACCGGCGGUCCGGGACGCAGCAAGGCAACGCCAGCAUCGACGUCGACGUCAGGCAGGAAGAAGAAGCGCGGUGCUGCUGACAACGGCGCAGCGGACACGCCUAGCAAGAAGAAGAAAAAGGCUGCGCAUGACUAUGAUGGUGAUGAUGUGGAUGAGGAGUUCGUCGUCCCGAAGGUCAAGAAGGAGGAGGUGCAGGAUUUGGCACUCGAGGGUCAGUUUUGGGGCCAGGUCGAGGACUUUGCACAGGUGGGCGUCGGAGGGUUUGGUGGUACGUUCGGGGAGCUGGAGUAGGGGACUUGGAUGUGUAUACAUGUGGUCAUCAUGAGAAGCUCUCCGACGGGCUUGUGGGUCAUCAUCUAUAUGGUUGAAAUUCCGGAGUAGGCCUUUUGGGCGAAAAUGUCUGAGGUUUGGUGUGGACUUGCGGAUCUUUGAUGGCUCUAUCGUCGCGACAUGUCAUGGUCUAGGGCUGGGUUCCUUUUGUUCAUGUUUGCUGGACUCUAAGCAGUUCGAUGCUAGAAUAACACACUUCCAC